AUGAGCACCAAGUUUCUUAUCGACAUAGCUGAAGAUUAUAAACUGCUUUAUGAAACUAGGGAAAAUUAUGAUGUGAUUAUUCACGCCGGUGAAGAGCCCAAUGCCGAAGAAAUCCAUGCACACUCUUUGGUCCUUCGUACUAGAUCUGCUUAUUUUCGUGGGGCUCUUGCUUCUGGUUGGGAAACGAAAGACAAAGAUAGUGGUAGCUUCAUAUUUAAGAAACCUAAUAUCUCUUCAUCAAUUUUUGAACUUAUUCUAAAAUUUUUAUAUUGUGGUGAAGUAAAUAUUUCUGAUCAAGAAGGAGAGACAAUUUUGGAUCUUUUGGUUGCUUCGGAUGAAUUUGGUCUUACAAAACUUAUUGAUCAUAUUCAACAAUAUUUUGUUGAAAAUCAGAAAAAUUUUUUACAACAAAAUCCUGUAGGAACGCUUCAUAUUGCUGCUCGUCAUGAAACCUUUAAUGAGAUUUUAAAGUUUUCUUUAAAAAUCAUUUGUGCAAAUCCUGACAUUCUAUUUGACGAUUUUAAUUUAUUAGAGAAAACUUUGCAAGGAUGCAUUCAAUAUAUUAGAUUUCAUGAAAUUAGCAUGCCAGAUUUUUAUCAUAAAGUAUUACCAUAUAUGUCUAUUCUUCCAAAUAACUUAUUUGAUGACAUUUUACGUUGUUAUAUGAUUCCAAAAGCAGUACCUCUUUAUAAUGCAUUUCCUUCUAGAUAUAAAUUUGACUCAGUUUUAAUUGACAUAACCCAUGCACGAUUAUUUGCAAGUUGGAUUGAUGAUAAUGAUUAUAAAAGAACGCUACCUUAUAAAUUUAUUCUUCUAUUUCGUGGCAGCAGAGAUGGUUUUCAAAAUAAUAUAUUUCAUCAAAGAUGUGACCAAAAAGGUGCAACAAUUGUUGUGGCAAAGAUUCAAAAUUCAAAUCAACUUGUUGGUGGUUACAAUCCAGUCGAUUGGGAUACAAGUGGCCAAAAUAAGUACUCAAAUUGUAGUUUUAUCUUUUCAUUAAAUGACUCUACUAAUUUAACAAAUGUCAAAUUAGGACGCAUUUUAUCAUCUUAUUAUUCUUACGCAAUAUGUUGCAAUAGUAGUAAUGGUCCAAAUUUUGGUGGAGAAUUGCAUAUUAAUGAAAAAUGCGUAAAUACUAAUAGUAUUGGAUAUUAUCCCAAUCUUAGCAUUCCAAAUGGCAAACAAAUUGAGGAUUAUGAAGUGUUUCAAGUAAUUUCUAGAUAA